UCAGAGCAAUAAUUAGGACAUGAUGGCAGAGUUCAAUAAUAAGGUCAUGAUGUCAGAGUUCAAGUCCAGGCAUUCACCUUAUACUGAAGACCUUACAUAUGAUAAUGAGUCCGCUGUUGAAGAAAAGAGGCAGACAUUUGGGAAUUUUGACUCUGUGAAUACAGAAGGAGAAAAACAACAGCAGAAAACAAUGAAGAGGGAAGAGACAAGUCAUUCACCCAGAUCACAGACUAAAAGGGGUGCUGAAAAAUUUAUCAACUAUAUUGCUUUUGACAAGCAAACACAUCGAUCAGGAAGACACAUCAAUACACAAGUGAGUGAAAAGUCCCAUGAAUGUAACUUCUGCUGGAAAACUUUCAAUCGUCCUGAACACUUAAAAAAACACGUGAGGAUACAUACAGGUGAGAAACCUUAUAAGUGUGAUGCGUGUGGGAAGGCAUUCAGCCAAACAAGUACCUUAAACACACACAAAAGGACACAUACAGGUGAGAAACCUUAUAAAUGUGAUGUUUGUGGGAAGGCAUUCAGCCAAACAAGUACCUUAAAGACACACAAAAGGAUCCACACAGGUGAAAAACCUUAUAAAUGUGAGGUAUGUUUGAAGGCAUUCAAGCAGUCAGGUACUCUACAGACACACAUGCAGACACAUACAGGUGCCAAACCUUGUAAAUGUGAUUUAUGUGGGCAGGCAUUUUUCCAGCUAAGUAACCUAAAGACACACAUGAGGAUACAUACAGGUGAUAAACCGUAUAUAUGUGAUAUCUGUGGGAAGGCAUACAGCCAUUUAAGGGACUUGCACAUACACUCAAGGAAACAUACAAAUGACAAACCUUAUCAGUGUGGUACAUGUCUGAAGGCAUUUUUUACAUCAAGUCAGCUACAAGCGCAUAGUAGGACACAUACAGGUGAUAAACCUUUCAAAUGUGAUGUUUGUGGGAAAGCAUUCAGUCGUUUUGAUAACUGUCGGAGACAUAUUAAGACACAUACAUGUUCAGCUGAGAAAUCUUAUAAAUGUGAAGUGUGUGAAAAGGCAUUCAAGAAACCAGGACCCUUAUUGAGACAUGUGCAGACACACAAAAAAUCUUACAAAUGUGCCAUGUGCGGUAAAAUAUUCAAGAAGUCAUAUUCAUUACGGAUUCACCUGAGAAAGCACACAGGUGAGAAACCUUAUAGAUGUGAUUUGUGUGAGAAGGCUUUCUCUGCACUAAAAAUGUUACGGUGUCACACGAGGAUACACACAGGUGAAAAACCAUUCAAAUGUGACGUUUGUUGGAAAGUAUUUUCGCAAGCAUGUUCUUUACGAAUACACAGGAGAAUCCACACAGGUGAGAAACCUUAUAAAUGUGAUUUAUGUGAGAAGGCAUUCUCGUCAUCAGGAAAGUUACAGAGUCACAUGAGGACACACACAGGGGAAAGACCUUUCAAAUGUGAAAUAUGUGGGAAACAGUUUAGGCAGUCAUGUAAUUUACAAAUACACUUGAGGAUCCACACAGGUGAAAAACCUUAUAAAUGUGAAAUGUGUGAGAAGGCUUUCUCUGCAUCAGGAAGGUUAAAGACACACAUGAGAACACAUACAGGGGAAAAGCCUUACAAAUGUGAUGUGUGUGGGAAAGCAUACAAACAAACAGGUCACUUACAAACGCACCUCAGGAGUCAUUCAGGUGAUCAUGAUUAGCCUUUUAAAUGUUAUAUUUGUGAGAAGGCAUUCCCUCCAUAAGAACACUUAAGGAAACAUGUGGACUAACUCUUUUGACAAACCUCACAAAUUUGAUGUGUGUGGGAAAGGUUUCAUUGAAAAUUUUAAUUUAAAAGAACAUAAGAGGUUACAAACAGGUGAUAAACCUCUACAUUGUAUAGUUUGUGGGAAGGAUUCAGGCAUUCUAAGGUUUUACAUAGACACAUGAAGAUACAUAAAGGUGAUAGACAAUGUACAUGUGAUUUGUUUGAAAGGGCAUUCAAGAAGUCAGGAUCGAGACUUAAAGAAACACUUGAAGGUACAUACCUGCUGUGAUGUUUGUGAUAAAGCGUUAGUCAUUUGAUUGACUUAAAAUACAUAAAUAAACGUGUCAAUGAAGCAUCUAUCAACAUGACCAAGGAAAAACCUGUGGAAAAGAGGUUCAUCAAAGAAGAAAAAGAGAAGGUUAAGAACGCAUCAUGAUUUUUGAAUCUACAAUUGAAAGAGUGAAAAGAGACUCAUAAAAUUACAUAAACGAGAAAAGGCUCCUAUAUGUCAUAUACGUGAUAUAUGUGGAAAAGCAUUUGCUGAAAAGGCAUAAUUGAAAGAUAACAUGAAGGAACGUAUGUUUGAGAAAAAAGAUGUGUGUGGCAAACAGUUACAUGUAAGCCAUUCAGAGUGUUUUUGGAGACUUAUGAAAAUGCAUUCCGGAAAAAAAAAUCAUAAAACAGGAUUAGAUACACCUUAUGGAUUAAAGUAUAAUACUCGAAAGUUGAAAUAAAUACAAUGUAAUUACAGUAGAUUUAUAAUUUAAAAUUGAUAGAGGAUGCUUGGUAUUAUAUAUGACCCAAAUAAAGUAAUUAACAAGAUUA